UCCCCGUGUGUCUGGAUGGCACCGCAGGCUGUGUGUGUCGUGACGAGUGUGUGGGUCUGCGCGCGUCGGUGUGCGUGGCGUGUCCGCGUCGGAGUCGAAGAGGCCCGGGCCGCGAGUGUCCCCGAGCCCUCUACGCGCGCGCGUGUGUGUGUGUGUGUGUGCGCGCGAGCGCGCGCGCGCCGCGGCGAAGGUGGGUCCGCGUCCUCCGCAGCCCGCCCGACCCGGGCCCCGCGACCCGCCGCGGCGGCCGCUUGCUCGGCCUCCCCUCGCGCGGGGCCGGGCCGGGGAUGGAGCCGCAGCCGGAGCCGCCGCAGCCGGGGCCCGGGCGCGGAGCGGCCUGAGGCGCGGGCGGCGCGCGGGGCCGGGGGGAGGGCGGGCCGAGGGGAGGGUCCUGCGGGCCGGGGGGGCGGGCGCGGCGCGCCCCCCUCCCUCGCGCGCUCGCUCCCUCCCCCGCGCGCCCUCCCUCGCCGCCUCCUCCCGCCGCCUCCGGCCCCCCCUCGCCGGGGACCGAGCGCGCUCGCUCCGGCGCCGGCCUCGCCUCCUCGCAGCAGCGCCAUGGAUGAGUUCCACCCGUUCAUCGAGGCGCUGCUGCCUCACGUCCGCGCCUUCGCCUACACCUGGUUCAACCUGCAGGCGCGGAAGCGCAAGUAUUUCAAGAAGCAUGAGAAGCGGAUGUCGAAGGACGAGGAGCGCGCGGUGAAGGACGAGCUGCUGGGCGAGAAGGCCGAGGUGAAGCAGAAGUGGGCGUCCCGGCUGCUGGCCAAGCUGCGCAAAGACAUCCGGCCCGAGUGCCGCGAGGACUUCGUGCUGGCCAUCACCGGCAAGAAGGCGCCGGGCUGCGUGCUCUCCAACCCCGACCAGAAGGGCAAGAUGCGCCGCAUCGACUGCCUGCGCCAGGCCGACAAGGUGUGGCGGCUGGACCUGGUCAUGGUCAUCCUCUUCAAGGGCAUCCCGCUGGAGAGCACCGACGGCGAGCGCCUGGUCAAGGCGGCGCAGUGCGGCCACCCGGUGCUCUGCGUGCAGCCGCAUCACAUCGGCGUGGCGGUCAAGGAGCUCGACCUCUACCUGGCCUACUUCGUGCGCGAGCGAGACGCGGAGCAGAGCGGUAGUCCCCGGGCAGGGAUGGGCUCCGACCAGGAGGACAGCAAGCCCAUCACGCUGGACACGACCGACUUCCAGGAGAGCUUCGUCACCUCCGGCGUGUUCAGUGUCACCGAGCUCAUCCAGGUGUCCCGGACACCCGUGGUGACUGGAACAGGACCCAACUUCUCCCUGGGGGAGCUGCAGGGGCACCUGGCAUACGACCUGAAUCCAGCCAGCACAGGCAUGAGGAGAACGCUACCGAGCACUUCCUCCAGCGGGAGCAAGCGGCACAAAUCGGGCUCGAUGGAGGAAGACGUGGACACGAGCCCCGGCGGCGAUUACUACACCUCGCCCAGCUCUCCCACGAGUAGCAGCCGCAACUGGACGGAGGACAUGGAAGGAGGCAUCUCGUCCCCGGUGAAGAAAACAGAGAUGGAUAAGUCACCUUUCCACAGCCCGUCUCCCCAGGACUCCCCCCGCCUCUCCAGCUUCACCCAGCACCACCGGCCUGUCAUUGCCGUGCACAGCGGGAUCGCCCGGAGCCCUCACCCCACCUCGGCCCUGCACUUCCCCACGACCUCCAUUCUGCCCCAGACGGCCUCCACCUACUUCCCGCACACGGCCAUACGCUACCCACCUCACCUCAACCCCCAGGACCCGCUCAAAGAUCUCGUGUCGCUGGCCUGCGACCCAGCCAGCCAGCAACCUGGACCGUUAAAUGGAAGUGGUCAGCUCAAAAUGUCCAGUCACUGCCUUUCUGCUCAGAUGCUGGCGCCCCCGCCCCCUGGGCUGCCGCGGCUGGCGCUCCCCCCUGCCACCAAACCCACCUCCGAGGGAGGAAGCACGUCGCCGACCUCGCCCUCCUACUCUACGCCCGGCACGCCCCCUGCAAACCGUUCCUUUGUGGGAUUAGGACCAAGGGAUCCAGCGGGCAUUUAUCAGGCACAGUCCUGGUAUCUGGGAUAAGAAAGAUUUCUUCCCACGCCCUGCUCCUCCGUCGCGGGAAUCCCAGGGGGCCGCACAGCCGGCCCCUGGCCCACGUUUUCAGUGGAAAGUUACAGCAAGCAAGAACACCCCGCCGACUCCCAGCCUGGCCGAAAAGACAAAACAGGCACAUACGUACACACAGGAGGAAAACAAGCAAAAAGGAAAAAAAGGCAAAAAAAAAAAAAAAAAAAAAAAAAAAAGACAAACGGAAAAAAAAAAAACAAAACACCAUAAAAA